GAAUUCAGAAAAAUAAACAUAAACAUUUACAUGUGUUUUGUUGAUACUCUUAUAAAUUUAAAUAUAAAAAAAUGGAUAAAAUUUCAGAAAGUGUACCUCAAUGUUCAAAAAAUGCUGUUUUAGUUCAAAGUUUACCAUUACCCUCAGAAACUCCAACUGUUCAAGGAUAUGAUUUUAAUAAAGGCAUUAAUUAUGAUGAGCUUUUAAAAUCUUACAUUACAAUGGGUUUUCAAGGAACAACAUUUGGUCUUGCCAUUGAAGAAAUAAAAAAAAUGCUAGAUGAGAAAGAAAAACUACUAACAGAAGAUCAAAAUGAUAACUUUGAAACUGAUGAAUUUAUUAAAAGAAAAAGUCCAUGUACUAUUUUUCUAGGAUACACAUCAAAUAUGGCAUCAUCUGGUGUCAGAGAUAACAUAAGAUAUUUAGUUCAGCAUAAAUUGGUUGAUUGUAUUGUGACAACAGCUGGUGGUGUUGAAGAAGAUUUAAUAAAAUGUCUAGCACCAACAUACAUUGGAAAUUUUGAAUUAAGUGGUAAAUCAUUGAGAGAUCAAGGUAUCAACAGAAUUGGUAAUUUAUUAGUGCCAAAUCAAAAUUAUUGUCUAUUUGAAAAUUGGCUAAUGCCAAUAUUAGAUGCUAUGCUUGUUGAACAAAAAGAAAAGAAAACUUUGUGGACUCCUUCAAAAGUCAUAACAAGAUUAGGUGAAGAAAUUAAUAAUACAGAAUCAAUUUGCUAUUGGGCAGCAAAAAAUAAAAUUCCAAUAUUUAGUCCUGCUUUGACUGAUGGAAGUCUUGGUGAUAUGAUGUAUUUUCAUUCGUUCAAAGACUCUGGAUUAAUUCUUGAUAUUGUCUCAGAUUUAAAAAGACUCAAUACAAUGGCUGUGAAAGCUGUUAAAACUGGAAUGAUCAUUCUUGGUGGUGGUGUUGCUAAACAUCACAUAUGCAAUGCAAAUUUGAUGAGAAAUGGUGCUGAUUUUUCAGUUUUUAUUAAUACUGGAUCUGAAUUUGAUGGCUCUGAUAGUGGUGCAAGACCUGAUGAAGCUAUUUCCUGGGGAAAAAUUAAAAAAGAUGCUAGUCCAGUUAAGAUUCAAGCUGAUGCAACUUUAAUUUUUCCUCUUUUAGUUGCCACCACAUUCGCUGAAAGACAUGAGUCUAAAAAAAAAUAUUUAACUCCUGAUGAAGGUGAAAUAAAAUAAUUUAAAUAGAAAAAAAAAUAAACAAAAUCAGAUAGACAAAAUUGUUGUGGAGGGUGACAAUGAAAAUGCGCUUGCGUAAAUGAGGUAAAAAAAAAAAUUCGAGGAUGUUGAGAGUAUAAUAUAUAGCACAAGUUAGGAUAGUAGCAGAAGCAAUACAAGGGGUUGAUUUUCUCUUUUUUAUAGUAGAGGGGAAAUAUAAGUUUGUCAGUCGUUUUCCGUGAGGCCGCGCACGCGGACGGGCGUGUGUGAUCCUCGUUAUUCCAUCUCCCCACCCGCCUCAAGUUCCGUCAUAAAGUGAAUUAUAAACAUUUAUAUAUAAAAAAUAUAAUAAUAAAUACUAAACAAACUAUUUAUUAUAUUUAUUAUUGUUUUAUUAAUUAAACAAUUACAUUUUAUUGUAUUUUAUUAUUUUAAUUAUUGAUUAAUAUUAAAAUUUUUUUAACUUUUUAUUUUGUUGUUUAUUAUUAUUAGUAUAUUAUCAAUUGUUUAUAUUAUUGUGUUGACUAUUUAAUUGUUCCGUUUAUUAUUAUUCAAGUUCAAUAAUUGUGAUUGGAUUAUUUUUAAGUGUUGAAAAAUUUAUUGAGGCAUGAAAAUGAUGGAAGUUGAGGAAACAAAUACUGCGUCUAACGCAAGCUCAUCACCCAGAUCAUCGAGUCCUUCGGCAGAUUCAACUUUUAUCAGUGUUAAAAAAGAACCCAGCAAUGAAGAGCCGAGUUCACCCCUUGAGGCGAAUAGUCCCAGUUCAAUUUUGAACAAAAAUGAACAACAUUACGCAGCAGCUGAUUCAAAUAGUUCAACUCCAGCAAAGAGUUUCGUUCCAUGCAAAGUAUGCGGUGACAAAGCCAGUGGAUUUCAUUAUGGUGUUACUAG